AUGCGCCAAAGCAAUUCAGAUGCUGUCUUCAAGCUAUGCACUGAAAAUUAUGCUAGUUCACCAAUUAAUAGUUGUAUCAACAAGCUCAGUAAGAUUUAUAGCGAUUUUUUUUACAAUGGAAACGGUUUGCUGGAAAAUGAUUCCAUAGGACACACGGAAGUUGACAUUAUUGUCAAGACAUUUUCGUAUAUUGUUGAUGGUUUCAACAAAGAUCUUGGAAUACGUCAAAAAUGGCAAUCUUUCUGCCCCCUAAGCAAUUCCACAAAUUAUACUAAAGGUAGAAAAUGUGAUGUGCGAUUCUUGUCCUCAUCGGGAAUGGAUCUAGGCGAGUGGGAGUUUUCCGUACGUGCCACUACUGAUAAGACAAUUUCUGAUCGAUGUCGUUCUAGCCGUAUCAACCAAUCAAUUUUAAAUGGUCUACUGAGGCUCGACUGGAAAAAUGAACAGUAA